ACUGAUUCUUCUGCCCUGAUUGUAUGGUGUGUCUUUCCAUGGUUGCCAACAUUUGACAUUGUAUCAGGGACGGCAAAUUCAAUUGUCCGUAUUGCCCAGGUUGUCCCAAAGCUUGUACGGACAAGUGAAAUUUGACCAGAAUUUACUAUAUAGCUAUCAUACGGACAAGUAAAAAAAUAGCAAAUGACAAAAACGGAUAAGCAAGUCAAAAUCAGAUUUCGCCGCACCUGUGUAUGCUGUCUUUCCGUUGUUACCAACAUUUGACAUUGUAUGGUGUCUUUCCAUGGUUGCCAACAUUUGACAUUGUAUGGUGUCUUUCCAUGGUUGCCAACAUUUGACAUUGUAUGGUGUGUCUUUCCAUGGUUGCCAACAUUUGACAUUGUAUGAUGUUCUGCAUGCAAACAGUUUUCUAACCCAGGGACUGGUCUGUAAAUAGCAGAUUGUGCGGAGAUUCACAAUUGGUAUUAUAAGAAUUUAACAGCAAAGACAUAACAGAUUAAGAAGAAAACUACCUGCCUUCUGGUUUAAAUCAUCUACUUCAGAAACUUGUUGUUCACCACCCUUCUGACAGUGCUGGGUAAUGGCAUAUUUAAAAAUGAGAGAGGACUGCAGGGUAUUGCAUCAGAAGCCUUAUGGGAAAUUAUUUUGGAACUCCAAUUACAAUUUGGACUUGAGGCAUGCAUGUAAGAGGAGGCAGUUUGAUGACACACUAUGUGAAGAUUUGAAUGAGGACUGUUUUUGGGAUUUGGGCAUGAAAAACAAGUUGAAAGGUAUUAAUGGGAUGCAAAUGGAGCUACACAAAAUGAUGUACCACAGUGUUACUGCGUGCUAUGUGUAUGUGUAUAUCAAGUGUUUAAGUUUCCAAGUCGUGAUGGUCUACAUUGCCUGUGUUGAGUUGCCAGUCAGACAGAACGAUAGCGUUGAAAACAUUCCAGAAAGUGAAGCCCUAGUAGAAAGCUCAGUGGUUUGUCAGGAAGUGGUUAUCAAGCAGCAUUCCAUUGUUACAGUAUGCAGUAAACAUUUUACGCCCAGUGAUACUGAAGUUAGAGAUGUUUCUAUGCAACAAACUACUGACGUCGAAGGCAAAAAGUUUAGGAACCUAUCACCAAAUGGUUUAAAAUGGUUUAAUGGUGCUGGCAACAUUCCCUUGCAUAUAUGUCGGAAACUAUUACAUUCAGCUCCCACUGCCUUAACCCACCUUUACAAUGACAUUGUACACCAAACAAGUCUUUCAGCAAAAGAUCUCACUAAUUGCUUAUUUACAUUUUCUAUGCCAAGGUUCAGAGGUCCAAUAUAUUUUGAUGUCUUGCGCAACAAGAUAGGUCAACAUCAAACAGAGCUUGAGUGUUUAGGAUCAGGGCUUUCCGGUACUGAUGUUAAGAAAAAUGGUAGUGUGAAAGCAAAGUAUAAGAAAGAUGGCACAAAGAAUGGAAAGACAGACAAGACUGGUCAUGCAAAGUUAUAUCAUGAGAGAGCAGCUGGUGGAAAUGUUCAAGUUGAUUAUAUGAACAAAGCUGCUUUUGGAACAAAGCCCAGGGAGUUUCUUCCAUUAAAAACUGGCACUCAUAAUUUGCCAGGUUAUAAGACUCUGCGGUGUGUUUUUGUAGUACUACUGCUGCUGUUCAAUGUUGUACCAACAUACGAGUAUCCUGUCAGGGACAAAGAUAGGGAUAUAGACACAGAGCGGGCAGUUUUCUAUAAGUUUCAACUGCUGAAGUCAGAAGUGUGCCAAAAUCCAGAGGAAAAUACAAAGUGCCCUCGAAAAAUUUUUUUUUCCGAGCUAAAGAUAAAAUUUUGCAGAUACACCUGUGUGUCUUCAGAGGAGAUUACAUGCAUGAACAGCGCAUAUGGAAUGGUGUUUUUCAGCAUUCCCAAGAAUACAAGUUGCCCUAAAGGUAUUGGAUGGCAAGUUGAAGGUGUUGACAGCAAUGGUUUGGUUGUGAUAAAAGAAAGUAUUUGUCCAGAAGGCUUCUACCAGGCUGAACCAUCAAAGUGUCAUAAUGCGUGUAGGACCAAGCACGAAUCACUGGAAAUGAUUCCAGAAGGGUUUAUAGUUUUCAAACAAGGAGACCAUAUCCAUCCAACUAUACUGAUGUGUGACAGCAAGGCGGGAUACUUCAAUGCUCACAACAAAUCAUUCGUCAAUUAUGAUGACCAUUUUUUAGGUCAUCUUGAUUUCUGUACACAUAUCAACCAGUCAAAUCCUUGCUCCAGUGGAAAAAUGCCCUUACACAAUGGGACCUGUGUGGAACCAUGCAGACCAGGGUAUGAAAGAGACAAAACUGACUUCUCAUGUAAACAAGUCAGUGGUUAUGUUGUGACAUCUGACAAAGAUACUCCUUUGGGACAACAUACAACUUUAAAACCUACUGUGAAGUCAGAACCUACUACACCAACAGAUGAAGGUCAUGAAGGAGAUGCUGGCAAAGGCAGAGAGACAAAUGGAAAUGCUGAAAAUUCAGAUUCAAUACCUUGGAAUUAUAUAGUUCCAACAUUUUGCGCUUAUUAUGGUGUUGCCAUUAUUGUUUUGAUUGGAGCAGGCAUUAAAGUUAUAUUUUGCCCACGUAAGGGUCAAGUACCCCCAUGUACUUACCACCGUGUGUUAAAUGGAUGUACUGACCAGAGUGGUUCGAACAGGUCCUCUGCUAGCUGUAUUCAAG